GUAUACUCGUCUUUAACGACAGUUGUUGUUCAUUUCGUUUUCUGUCGUAAGUGUCAAAUAUUAGAAGAAAAAAAAUGAUUGCUCUAAAAAUAAUCACGUAUGUGGCUUUGUCCAUGAUGGUAACUGUAGUUACUGUACAAGUAGGUACCUUUAACUAAUAGGAAAAAACACAAAUUAAUCCUUCAAAAAAAAAAUAUGCACAUCUGAAUAAAAAAAAAUCACCUCUUGACAUAAUUGUAGAAAAUAUAUAUAAAAUAAUAAAUAAUUUUCAUUUGUUAUAUUUAGGUCAAUAGCUCUCCGGUUAAUGAUGACUUACAAUGGAUAGUUGCUGCUCAAAAUUCUAUUAAAAACUCUUUGUCUGAAGUGGAAUCUUAUGGAGUGGACAAUGCAUAUAUCAAAAUUAUUGCCAAUGCACAAUUCGAUAUUUUUACAAAACUCGCAGAAAACGGACUGGCCAAAUUAAUCAAUCAAGUAUUAUAUUAUAAUAAAAAUGAAUGCUGAUUGUAGUGUUGUAAAUACCCUCCGUGACACACUUGACAAAUUUUACAUACUGAGCCUUAUUGGUGCAAAUAAGAAGGACCUCCCUCCCCAAAAACACAAUUAAUCCCCAUAUCAAAUUAUUUAAUUUAUAUAAGUAUGAAACAAUAAAUCAUUAGCAAUGAAAUACAUUUCUGAGCGAAGUUUGGUUCAAAAUGAGUUUUGGAAUGACAAUUUUCGUCAAAAUUUUAACAUAAGAAAGCUCAUAAAAAUUACCCUGUGACACUUAACUAUUUGGUUUUACUAUCAUGUACAAAUUAUUAUAAACCUACUGUUAAAUAUUUGAAUAGGUAUUUUGGGUAAAUUAAAAUAUUAUAUAAAUUUAUAAAUGAUACCUACAUGAAAUGCCACAUGAUUUUUACGAUUUCCGUAAAAGUUUGAAAUUUUGUCAUGUACAAAAAAUACUACAUAAUGCCUUACAUUUUUUUGGAUACUCAAAAAACAACUUUUGAUGAACUUAGUUUAAAUUUUUUAAACAUUUCUGCUUGGCUAAAACAAUUUUGUUCACGUAAAACUAAAUAAAACCUAAAAUUACAUUAAAGUGUUAAGUGCUUUUAAGGCUAUAAAUAGCUUAAAAAAUAACAGAAUGUUUUGAAAAUAUAACUACAUUAAGGAAAAACUAUAAUACAAGUAUUCUGUGAAAAUCUUAGAUUUCUACGCUUAUGAGAUUCUGAACGGAGUGAGCGGUUUUACAAUGAUGUUAAUUUUUGUUUUGUUUAUCGUUGAACAACAUUUCUACCAGCAAUUUUGCUCUGUGUUACAAUGCUAUCUUUACACUUUUUCUGAAAGGAAAUUUGACUGGGGUGGUACCUUUAGGGAGGUCAUAAGGAUGGACAUAUUUCACACGUGGUUGGGCCACUGUUAUAGUAGAGAAGUUGGGAAGGUAAAUUAACCAUUGUUAACAAAAAAAUGUUUCUGAGCUAAGUUAGUUUAAAAUAGUGUUGCCUUGUCAACAAUAUAUAUGUUACAUUAUGGUAAAAUAAUUACAUGUGCAUUAUACAGGAUGAUUCAUGAAGCGAGUUCAUUCCAUUUUUUUCAUUACUCUCUCCCUACCUAAACUUAAAAGUGAAAUAUCUCGUCAACAGGUUAACGAAAAUAAAAAAAUGUUGAUACUAAAAUAUAUUUAAAGUAAUACUCCAUGUCUCCAUCUAUUAAUGACAUUUUUAAUGAAGGUUCUCAUUUUAAAAAUCAAAGUUGAUAUCACAAAACAUGAUAACUACUCCUUAAAAUGCCUUAAAUGUGAAAAAUCUAAGUAUUGGAAAAUGUUGGCUUUAAUUAUACUUGAAAAUUUCAAAAAACAGAAUUUGAGUAUAACAUGCAAAAUUUAACCAAAAUAAUGGGGUAAUCAUGCUUAGUGAAUCACCUUGUAAAUAUUCUUUAAUAAUAUUAUUUUACUAAUACCAACAUUUCAUACAUUUUGCCUUUUUUUCUGGUUUUUCCAAUUUGUUUAAUAUUAAAAACACGAAUAAUUGUUAUUUUCUCAUUAAGUUUAUCAAAACACAAUUAACUAAACUUUUCUUGAACGAAAAGUUAAAAAACACCCAUAAUUUUAUUUUAUUUUUGGCUCACCCAUUGAGGAAUCCAUUGUUACUGAAUGUCAAUUAAACUUUUAUACUUUGAAUUCAAAAUUACUAAAAUUAAAAAUACUCCUUUAUCCAUUUAUAAUUUAGUUAUUUAUUGUAUAUUUAAACCCAAUAAAUUUAUAAGUGUAGUCUUCGAAAUUGUUAAUUAGCUACUCGAUCCUUACCUAGCAUUACAAUAUCAAAAUGAUAAAUUUGUUAACACUAAAUAAGUAAAUGUAAGUACUUGCCUUAAAUAAAUCUUUAAAAAUCUAAAUUGUAAAACAUUUAUUUAUAUGUACUACUUCCAUAAAGCAAUAGCCAAUAAUUGAUAAUAUAUAAUCCUUGUAUUUAUAUUUUUUUGAAUAAAUACAAUUGAUAAUGAUUUAGUUAAAUUUAUGUAUUACAUAAUAUAAUAUAUAUACCUAUGCAUUUAUUAUGUAGACGAAAAUGACGAAUUCGGAAGAAGUGACUACAUUGAAAACACAAUUUAUGAAAUGGUCAGAAGGUUUAGAAAAGUUGAAUAACCAAUCUGACAUUAACGAUGAAAGGCCCACAAAAGCAUUGGCUAAAUUUCUCAUCACUAUAGAUUUUGUGUCGAAUGAAGUUGUUGGAUUCGAUAAAUACAAUAAUUUUGAAUCGCCAGAAGCCAAGCAAAUUGUCAAAGAACUCCGUUUGUUACUUAGAAAGUCUGUCGAUGUGUUGGUAGAAAAUACAGAAUCAAUGAAGGUAUAAAUUAUGGAUCUAUAUAAUUUUUAGUCCCCAUAAAAAACAGUCAUAUACAGACAAUCAGCUCCCAUCAUAAUAUUGUUUACAAUGUUUAUAUGGACAAUAAUAUUGAUCUCCGGUUUUAUAUGUAUAAACAAUUCAUAAAUUUAAUUUAUCACUAAGUUUUAUUAAGAAGAUAUUAUGAUAAUAUAAUAAUAAUAGAAACAUAAAAAAAAUACAAUAUAAUACUCGUAUUAUAUUAAUAAAAUAAUAUAAUAUAGUUUAAAUUAUAAUAUAAAACAAAAUAAUAGAAAUAAUUUAAAAGGGCAUAAAAACCAUUACCUAAAAAAAGAUACAAAUUUUCCAUGCAUGAGAAAAUAAAACUUUCCCUGUUCUUGUAUUUACUUAUUAAAGGUUUUACAUUUUAGUAAAAUUUUAACUUAUAAUACUUAGAUUAUUAUUUUAUUAUUAUAAUUCAUUGGUGUGAAACUAAAAACGGAAGCAAUAAUAUUUAUUGAAAUGAUCUAUAAACAUUAUUUAAAACAUUUUUGUUCAGGACAAAUGGCAGCCUUAACUAAUUAUUAUGAUGUCCCACAAAGAUAUACCCAUUGUAAUAUCACUGUAGAUAAUAAAGAUAAUACAAUUCUGUUUUUUUUUUUAUAUUACUCGUAGGGAUAAAGACUACAAAUAUUUAUACUUGAAUUAAAUUUGUAUGUUUUGGUAAAAAUAACUUUAUUUUAUUAUUUUUUUCGGAAAAUUUAAAGAUAGUCAUUUUAUAGUUUAUCCUUCUGGAAAUGUUGACGUUUCAACUUUUUAUUAUCAUUAACUUCAUGAUUUUUAUUAAUAUUUUUAGUUAAGAAAAAAUUACUUUUAAUUAUACAACAAGCUGUAAUCAAAUUCUCUAAUUAUUAUGGUUAAUUGACUAUACACAUUUCUUCUCUGAACUUUAAAAAAAAAAGAUAAUCGUAAAUUUAAUGAAACUAAAAAGUUGACACAUUAAAUUUUUGAAAAUUAAUAUAAUGGUUAUUUUUUAAUUUUAAUAUAAAUAUUUGUAGUCCUUGUAUCCUUAUGAGUAAUAAAUGUAAAAGUAAAAUAUAGAAUUGUAUUAUCUUUAUUAUCUCCAGAGAUAUUACAAUGGAUAUAUCUUUGUGAGACACACAUUAUAUGUACCUAUUUAUGAAUGAUCCCAUUUUUAAAAUGAUAAGAUACAUUCUGAAAUUCAAGAAAAACCAUUAAUUCAAUCUAUAGAGUAUUCUUACCUUUUUUUUAUUAAUAGUUCCAAAAUGAUACCUAUCUUCUAUUAAAUCAUGUCCGUCGUUGUAUACUUUUGAAUUUUGGAAAAAUAAACUUUACACUACUUUGUUUGUGCUUUACUAUAUAAAUCAAUCCCGUUGCCUAAAUUAUACAUCUAAAAUAAAGUGUGUGUUAAUAUAAAUAUUUGUUAUAAAUUUAAAUGUUAAAUAAGGUAUAUAAGAUAUAGGUACCUUUAUAGUUACAAAUAUUUGUAUAAUUGUAUAUGUAUGUGGAUUGAGGGUGAGGGACAAAGGAGGAUAUAUUCCUCCUGACUUCCUUACUUACCUAUGUAAGGAAUAUUACAAUAUUUUGAUAUGUUAACAGUUGCCAAACAAAAAGGUACUACUUCUCAAUAUCUUACAAUAUCCAUGAAAAAUUCAAUUAAACAUAAAAAGUAAAUUUUUUCUCUCUGGGGAUGUGAAGAUGGAUUUAUUAUAUAUAAUAUAAUUGAUAAUAAUAUUAUUUAUGAUCUAUUAUAAUAAUAAUUUAUAAUUUCACAAUGUGUAGUUAUGUAUUAAUAUAAAAAUAAAAUUAAUUUUUGGUUUCAGAUUCAAAUUUCCGGAUUGUCUAAAAUUCACUGAAGUAUGAAAAUUAAGUGGAGGUUUUUUUUAAAUUUAAGAAUUAUAUUCACCAUUUUGUUUGUAGUAUUAUUAUUAUAUUAUUUUCAAAUAAUUAUUUAUAAUAAACGAUUGAUUUAGAAAUUUUGAAAUAAAUUAAUUAUUUCAAAAAUUAAAAUAUUUUACCUAGGGUCUUGCAAAAUCUAGUGAUGGCAUUGAGGAAAAAAUAGACAAAACAAGGGUCUUGGUAAGUUAAUGAUUUUUUAAACUCAGUUAAUAGGGUUC